UAGCGAUGGGACCAAUACCCUCAUGAUACCUGGACCUUGAAAACACUGGCAACCAGCAAUCAUUCUGAAAUUUAAAUUUUCAGUUAUUUGAAGAACUCCAAGUAACUAUGCAGAAGAAAAUUUAUGUUAUCAUGGAUGAUUGAGGAAACAGCUGAUGUGGCAUUAAAGAGACUCCUAUUCAUAACCAGAAUACCAUGUAGACAUGUCAAUCAGUCUAGAAAAUGUAAAUGAUUUUGGAUGGAGAACAUAGAUGAUACGUUUUAGCGGCAAAUGAAAAACUGUGAAAUAGAAUAACAGAAGCACAGUACACAAAGAAUAUUCCCAUGCCGAGAAUCGUUGCAACAUGUUUGUGGAAGAUUUAGAAAGAGGAUUUUAUCGUUUGAUAAGAGAUGAUAGAUGUCUGCUGUUAGUUAAUUUUGAUGUUGACGCUAUUUGUGCUUGUCGAAUCUUGCAGCAACUUUUUAAAAAUGAUAACAUGAUAUAUACGCUUAUACCUGUUCAGGGUGUACAAGACAUGGUCCAUGCAUUUGAAGAACAUUGCGAAGAGAUAAAGAAUGUUAUUUUUAUAAAUUGCGGUGGUACAUUAGAUCUAGUAGAAUUACUACAGCCUGCAGAGUCUGUGAUAUUUUAUGUUCUCGAUAGUCAUAGGCCCUAUGAUUUAUGUAAUAUAUAUUCUGAAAGUCAAGUGCAUAUACUUGGAAAGGCUGAUGAAGAUGAGGAAAUUCCAGAAUAUAAUGAAGUCUUUAGAGAUGAUUCUUCUGAUGAAAAUGAUAGCGAGGAGGAAACAGAUGAAACUCAAAGAAAACGGCGAAGAUUAAACGAAGAGGAUAUUAUUAAAAGGGUCGAACGAAGAAAGUGGUCCGAAAAGCGAGCAACUAUUUUAUUUAAUUAUACACAGUAUAGUUAUUAUGGCAGAUCAAGUGCAAUGCUCGUUUUUGACAUGGCAUGGAAUAUGUCUAAAGAUAAUUUGGAUAUGGUUUGGUGGGCAAUAGUUGGCUCUACCGAACAAGCUAUUCUUGGUAAAGUAGAAUCAAGAUUAAGCAUUCUUGAAGAGGGUUCCCUUCAAGCUCACGUCUCUAGGUUAACGCGUAGACAAGGAGCUGAAGUUGACCAACAGCAGCAGCAGCAACAACAACAACAACAACAAAGUACAGUCAGAAUUACCUAUGAUAAAGAUCUCUUACUUGCAUUAUAUCGGCAUUGGACUGUAGAAGCUAGUUUAAGACAUUCGAUACCAACUGCAGUAUCAUUACGACUUUGGUCAAUUAGAGGAGAACAACGUCUAAAAGAACUUCUAGCUGAAAUGGGUUUACCUUUAGCACAAUCGAGGCAACGAUUUUCUGCAAUGGAUCUAACGCUUAGACAAGAAUUUAGGCAAAUGGUUGAGAAAUUAGCAGGAAAAUAUAAAGUAGAUACUAUUAUCGGGACAAGUUUUACUCUUCAGUAUGGUUACAGGUUUAAAUACUGUGCAUCAGACAUAGUCUAUGCUAUGCUAGCCUUAAUGGAAUCUUCUUCAAAAGAAAAGUUACCGCAACGUUGUUUUUUAGAUGCAUUAGAUUGUUUAUCACGCACGAAAAAGGGUAUUUUAGAAGGUGGCAUAGAAAAAGCAAAAUCUAUGCUCAAUAAUAUUUUCAAAGCUGCACAAAGUAUUUUACAGAUGAAACAGAUUAGAAGCGCUGGUUCGUUUCUUUACGUAAUUGUCCCUGAAGGAUGUAUUAACAGUCAUAUGUUCACACAUCCAUAUUCGUUAUUGAUAUUAUCUCAGUAUAUUUUAAAGGCUUAUGUGGACUCUUCAAAAAAUAAACGAGCACCAGAAUGGCCACUUGUAGCUUCUUCAAUAUAUAACGAGGAAAUGGGUACAUCCCUCAUGGUGGGUAUACCACCAGUAUGCGAAGACCAACCAAAAAGUUUAUUUGGAAGAGCCUUUGAACAGGCGGCUAAAAAUACAAACUCGUAUAUAGAGGCAGAUUAUUUUGAUACCACAAUAAUAAGACUGAAAACCGAAGAAAGAUCGAAAUUUUUAAAUGCUCUGGCAGCUCUCCUAGUGUAAAAAUUUUAAUAAUUAAUAUGACGUAUAAAUAUAAGAAAUCCUUUCCCGAUAUUUAUUUUUUAAGUCGAAUAGUACAAAUAGUGACAAUAAUUUUUAUAUAAUACGACGAAUAAGAUCAACGUAAUUUUCCUUUAUUUUUUACGACAUACCGUAGGCUUUUUGGUUAACAAGAAUUACACAUAUUUAUUUUAUAACUGACGACAUAUAUAGGUUUAAUUGUAUUAUAAACACAUGUAUAAAGCGAAAUUAACGCGGUUGAAUGAUACGUUUCUUUCCGAUCAUGGAAUGAAAAUAAUUAAAUCAGGUUAAAUAUUA